AGAUGAUUACUCUCGUAGCCCUCGCUAUGAGGAUGACGGGGGUAGAGGCGACUCUCGAGGCCAGUAGGAGUCGGAUCAGGGCCGGCGAGACGGAUACAAGGACGAGAGAUAUGAGAGAUCGGACCGAGAUAGAUAUAGGGACGACAAAUAUGAGAGGUCGGAUCGAGAUGGAUACAGAGGUGGCAGGUAUGAGAGAGCAGAUCGAGACGGAGACCGACGAGAUGACUCGCGCAGACGGUAUGACCGCGGGCGAUUCACUAGGACGCAGCGUGACGAUUUGCGGGGGUGGUAUGACCGAGGAGAUCGCCGCGAUGAGUCGCGCGGACGAUAAGACCAUGGAGACCACCGGAAUGACUCACGGGGACGAUAUAAGCAAGGAGGAUCUAGAGGAGACCGCCGCAAUGAUUCGCGCGGCCGGAACGAGAGAAGGGGAUAUGGCGCCUACCAAGUCGGCGAGAGGGUCUACGUCGAAGAAGACUGACACGGAUUACGUGAUGGCGGAGAAAGACGGACAGCGGAUCGAUGGAGAGGAGGUUAUUCUUUCACCGCGAAAGCGGGGAGUGAAGAAGUUCUUGAUGAAGAGUUCGCUGGACGAGAUUGACACAGUGACCCCUAAGGCGGAUGCUCCUACUGUAGCAGUAUCGGAGGUGACUGGCAGGGCAGAUCGCAUGACGACAGUCUUUUUUGAUGGGAUGGAAGGUGUACCUCCAGACAAGUUUUACAUACUUGGUAGCGGGACCGUGAAGGCGAUCCUAAACGACGGAGCGGUACUAGAUGCUGUGAUCGAUAACAGCAGUGAAGUUGUCAUUAAAGACGAGGACCUGGCAGAGCAAGUUGGACUUGGACUCGAUAGGUCAUACUUAUUCGAGAUAGAGACGGCUGAUGGGAGAAAGCAACAGAUCACAGGAAUUUGUCACAAGGCAGCCAUUGAGGUCCAAGGAGUACGAGUGACCCUGCCAGUCUUUGCAGUCAAGAACUGCAGCGCUGGCCUGCUCUUGGGACGGACAUGGUUGAGCCACGUGCACGUGGUGACUAUAGAGCGACCGGACGGGAGCCAAACAUUGUCCAUUAAGAAGCUAGAUGGGACGCGGGUAAUGAUUGAGACCGUGGAGUCUCGAGACCCGAGGAACAGGACAGCUCUCGUUGUAGGGGCAGGACCCAGUGAUCAGAUUAAGUCAUUACCUAUCUCCGGCCGCGCGGUGCGAUUUCGCGAGAAGAAUUAUGGACCUCUGCUCACAGAAGAAGAAGGCUGGAUUGUAGAAGUGGAAGAUUUAGGGAGUCGUCUGAUAGUGGACGGCAACUCGUAUCCAAAGGAGGCAGAUGAAUAGUUUGGCGGCAUGAUAUCUGUGUCUUUUUUAGGGGCACAGCCCCCUACAGGGGGCGACCAAAGAGACACAAGAUAGU